AUCAUACUAUCAUAGUACCCAAUUGCUAAUGGUGUAAGAUAAUAUUAUUAAAAUGUUAGCUAAUAACUAAUAAGUUUUUUGUUUAAGACUUAAGAAUUAAGCUUAAAAAUUGGAAACCUAGUACCUAUUAUAGUAGUGAACGCUAAACACUAAUUGUUAGAAUAUGUUUAUGAUGGAAACUAAAGUUCCGCCUUUCAUUUUAUAAAUCCAUUUUGAGUAAUAUUAAUAGUGAUUACUGAUUAGUGAAUACAACUAGCUAUAUAGAUUAAACAAAAAACAUCAACAUGAUCCAUUAUAAACUAAUCUUCUUAUUUUGUUCUGUAUUAAGUGGUAUUUACUGUUCAGACACAAGUUAUGAUUCAAUAUCUGACGUUUAUUUAGAACAUGAAUUGAUUCCCAAUGCUGGUUUCACCAAACGCAGUUCCAUUCUUGUUAAUUUGGAGUCCAGGAAUGAUGUUGUAUCUACUACCGCUAUUAAUGACUCAGACAUACAGUUAUUAAAUCAAUUAGCAUCUAAAAAUGAACUAUACAGAGUGAAAGUCACCGUCAGAACAUUAUCCGGCAAAGAAACAAGUUUUCUUACUUUUACUAGAGCAUGUCUUAUAGUUGGAUCCAAAUUAAAUGAUAUUCUAACACUACAUUUGGAUCAUUUAGACUCUCCAUUUGCGGUUAACUUAGCAACUACAUCAAACAACUGUAACAGUUUUAAUGAAUUGAGCACAAAUAAUUUUACAACUACAGUAUUUUUCAGAAGGCCAGAAAACAGUCCUGUACCUGAUACCGCAACUUAUAUUCAGAAGAUGGAACGUGAGCGUGACGCAAGGGAAAAAGGAAAAUCAAGCAAUAACAAGUCAAUGCUUGGUAAAUAUUGGAUGUAUAUAUUACCAUUAGUCAUAUUUAUGAUGAUUGCUGGUGCAUCAAAUCCAGAAGCAAGACAGUAAAUCCAAAAAUGUACUUCUAAGUUGUAUUUAUUUUAUUAUGUUCUUUAAUCAACUAAUGGAACUAUCCCGUUGGUGUCUUUAUGUUCAAUAAUUUAAGUUUCAUAAUAUGUACAUUAAGUGAUAUUAUUGAUUAAAUUACAAUAUUUGGCUUAAAAA